UGUGAAAAGUGGACAAAGUAUUUGUGGUCUAAGGAUUAUGAAAAAGAGGUCGAAGUGAGGGUUGUAAUAUGUGACAGCACCAUUGCGUAAUGGAUAGAAGUAAAGAGAUUCCUUCCUCUCAGUCGGUAUCAUCUAGACCACCAACAGAACUAAACCCUAGCUAUGGAGCACCAGCUGGAUCAAACCCUAGCUACGGAACACCAGGUGGACAAAACCUAAACUAUGGAGCACCAGCUGGACAAAACUCAAACUAUGGAACACCAGCUGGACAGAGCCCUGGUUAUGGAGCACCAGGUGGACAAAACCCAAACUAUGGACCAACAGCUGGACAAAACCCAAACUAUGGACCAACAGCUGGACAAAGCCCUUGUUAUGGAGCACCAACUGAACAAAAUGUUCGUCUUGGAGCACCAGCUGAACAGAACCCUGGGAAGGAACAUACCAAAUCUCUCACAUCAAGUCGAUCUGAGAUGAUGAGCCCCCAAAAGGAUGAUGUGGAAGAAGUAUCUAAUAUGUUGCAUUCACCAACCAUUUCAAGCAACACAUUAAACUGUCAAGAUCCUGAGCUGGAAAGUGUGAAACAGAUUGGUAGUGGAGGCGGUGGCGGAGGUGGUGGUGGUGGUGGUGGGGGAGGCUCCAUGAGCAAGCAAGGCAGCCAGCAACGUAACCAUAGUGACGUACGGGGCACCAAGAACGUUUCCAACCAACUGGACGUUAAGCUCCAUCACUCAGAAAAUGCCUGGAAACCUGGCAAUCAGAAGACAGAUGACAAGGAGAAGACGGAUGAAUCCAAGACCACGGAUUUGUACCGCAAAGUGCGAAGUAUAUUGAACAAGUUGACCCCACAGAAGUUCCAGACAUUGAUUAAACAAGUUCAGGGCCUGGUUAUUGACACUGAGGACAGACUGAAGGGGGUAACAGAUAUUAUAUUUGAAAUGGCUAUCAGAGAGCCUGCCUUCAGUGUGGUUCAUGCAAACAUGUGCAGAUAUUUAUUAAACCUUAAAGUGCCCUCCGACAGCAAACAAGGGGAAACAAUUGGUUUCCGUGUGAUAUUAUUAACAAGAUGUCAGCGGGAAUUCGAAAAAGUUAAUGACGCCCAAGUUGAUCUCGACCGGAGGAAGAAGGCUAUAGAAGAAGCUGACCCGGCAAACAAGAAGAAGUUGAAGGAAGAACUGGCGAUUGCUGCCACCACUGCAAGGUGGAGAUCUAUAGGGAACAUAAGAUUUAUAGGCGAGUUAUUCAAGUUGAAAAUGUUGACAGAAAAUAUUAUGAAUGUCUGGGUUUUCAAGUUGUUACGAUCUAGAGAUGAGGAGAACCUGGAAUGUGUGUGUCAUCUCCUUUCCACCAUCGGGAAAGAACUCGAGUCAGACAAAGCCAAGCCAAGAAUGGACCAAUAUUUCCAACAGAUGAAGGAGAUAGUUGCUGAGAAGAAAGUGUCCUCAAGAUGCCGAUUCAUGCUGCAGGAUGUUGUAGAAUUACGAGAUUGUAACUGGAAGCCCAGGCGAAGAGAUGACAACCCCAAAACCAUCGACCAGAUCCACAAGGACGCCAAGCGAGAAGCUGUGGAACAGAACAUGUUGGCAGCAUUGCACAUGGCAAAUCAGCAACCACAGCAGCAGCAUCAACCAAGACACAAUAAGCGUACCCGAGGCCGACCAGGACAGGGUGGUGGAGGAGGCGGCGGCGGCAGUGGUGGCAACAUGGAGGAGGUUUGGAACACAGUCAGCAGCAAGGCCAUUAGGAACAUCGACAGAAACAUUGAUGUGUCCAAACUCAGGAUAGAAAAGAAUGCUGAUGAAAACAUCCAACUGGGUCCAGCCAGGAGUUUCGGCGGCUGGGGAAGAGGCAGUAGUGGUGGAGGUAGCAGAGCUUCAAAGGAGGGUGACAAGCCAAACGCUCCUGGAAACAGUUGCAGGAGCAUAGUGAGUGGCCGGGCCACCCCUCCAUCCGGAAAUGCAAGUAGAGAGGGAAGUCGAACACGGUCGUCACAGAAGGUGGAGAGACCAGCACCAUCUAUGAAGGAACUGACGGAGUAUGAGAUGGAAAAGAAGACCUACUCAAUAGUAGAUGAAUAUUUGCAUAUGCAGGAUCGAAAGGAGGCUAUCCAGUGUGUACAGGAGUUGAACUCGCCCAAAACCAUCCAUUUCUUUGUGUGUUUUGCAAUUAACCAUGUGCUGGAGAGGUCAAAGCAAGCUCGCCAACAGACAGGGCACCUGCUUCAUGAUUUGAUCAACCGGAAAAUCAUCUCUGUCGACACCUACUUACUGGGAUUGACGGAGAUUCUUCUGUCAGCUGAGGACAUGGAGAUUGACAUCCCCAAGAUUUGGCAGUAUCUGGGUGAGCUGAUCGGACCCAUGAUCCAAGAUGGCAGUGUUCCUCUUAGCUUCCUCAACAAGGCCUGUGAGCCACUGAAGGCGUCCGGCAAGGCGGGCAACCUCAUGGCAGAGAUCUUGCACGAUGCCAGUCAGAGACUUAGCCUGGAGUUCACCGUGGGCCCAGACUCGGCACCCAGCACACCUACCAGUAAAGUGUCCAUAGAAUGGAUCAAACAGAACCUUGCAGAGCUCUUGCUCAAGCCCAAAUGUGAUGAUGAACAGAUAUUUGACUGGAUUGAGGCCAAUGUCCCUGAUGAGAUUACCAAAGAAAAUAGAUUUAUCAGGGCCUUAAUGACUACCGUCUGCUCCAGUGCAAUAUUAGGUACUGGCAACAUGGCAAAAGUUGACCAAGAACAUAUAAAGAAGUGGCGAUCCCUCCUGCAGAAGUACCUGGAUCACCAGCCUGUAUUUGAGUUGCAGGCUCUGUAUGCUGUGCAGGCACUCGUCCACUCACUGGAAUAUCCAUCAGGUGUCCUGCGGACAUUCUUUGAUACACUUUAUGAUGAGGAAAUCAUCUCAGAAGAUGCAUUUAAUCAAUGGGAAACCAGUAAAGAAGAGCAGGAAGGGAAGGGAGUUGCGCUCAAGCAAGUUGUUCAGUUCUUUGCGUGGCUACGUGAAGGGGAGGAAGAGGAGGCUGACAGCUAAGAAUAGGCUUAUUAUUAGGACAAACUUGGAUCACAAACUGCAGUAUGAAAUUACAAAUAUGAUUGUCAUUGCUGUUUAAAUGUGUGCACCAGAGGAUGAAAGAAAUGAUUAAUUUAUGAGCUUGCUGUAUAAAUGUGCUUUCUACUUGUUGGAGAAAACAAAGGAUCUUCUGACAGCCAAAUAUAACCAUGGAUGUGUUUUUGUUUUUUUGUUGCCAUGGUCUUCGUUGAUGCAGAUGUUUGUUAAUGCAUAUAUCAAUUAUAUGCAUUUAAAAAAUUGCCUACACGGCUGUGCAUUUGUAUGUAUAUCGAGGGAGAUGUUGACAAGCCAAGGAACGAGGGAGUCUGAAGAAUAUUUAGAAUACCUUGUUGAUCUACUGUGAGGUGCUAGGCUUGUUUGAGAAUGGAUAUGUAACACUUUAACCAGAAGCCCUGCAAGGGAAUUUCAGAUGUUUUUGUUUUUUUUCUUGGUGAAUUCUCUGGAUCAUGUUUUGUUUUUUGAUAAUCAUUCAUAAAUUAUAUACAUAUAUCCAUAUUAUAUAUAAACUGCAUAAUUUCAUAUGCAAAGUUGUGUUGGUUGAACUGUAUGAAUGACCGAUAUAAACUAUCUUGUGGAAGAUGAUCGACGAAAGAAAAGAAUAUGAAAUGUGCAUUCUCUACAGACUAUAGACAGUGAGCCUGAUGAGUCAGGUAGUGUCCAUCAACUUUGGAUAAUACAAACACUUCGAAGCCAGGACUUCGUGAACUACAGGUUAUGAAACUUCCCAGCUCAACCAACUAAAUGCCUCUCCAAGCUAUGAUGGAGGGACCCAUUUGAAGAAGUAUGGCUACAGCAGGCAAGGAUCCUACUUCAUAGGGCUAAAACCUGCUUCUUUAUUUUGCAUGAGCAACUUGUACAGUUUGUCACCAUUACUGAUGCCUGUUCUACCCUUCAAAACCAUUACGGGUAAACGUUUCCCACAAGUGACUGGAGUUUAUUGAAUGUGGAUGCCUUUGGUUAUGUUUGUGUAUAUAUUGACUACAAGAAUAUUGGUAUGCUGAUAAUGGAGUUGGUUGGAAUUCUUAUUCAUGGAAAUAUGGCCCAUUUCCAUUGAAAAGGGAAAACAUAAAAAGCUAUUAUUCUGUCAUGUUAUGUUGACAAUGUUCCACAUGCAAAAUAUCUGUGAAAAAAAUAUUGAUUAUGUGAAUGAUACCUCAGAUAUAUAGUCAAGAGGUAUCAAAUAUUACAAGUUACAAAUACUGAGAAAUGUGAAACUUGCCUUUAUUUAUAUUUGUAGGAUUUGAUAAUUUAAGCUUCGUGUACUGAGUUGAUAAAUUGAGUUGAUUGUGUGUAUGUGCUCAGUGGCUCCUGAGUAAUGACGAACUCAUGGCUCUCCUACCAGUAUCGUUGGUUGAGCUGGGCACACCUCCCUUCCCUAAUGCUGUCUGUGAUCACUACGAGCUGACAGGCAGCCUGCUGUGUGUGACCACCAUAUAUGAAUACAAUGUAAGCAAUGACAAAACGCAAACAGAUGUUAAUAAAACAUGCCAAUGACAGACUU